GAAUUUCUAUCGAGAAACAAAAAUCGAAGGAACAGUUGAAAAUGAUUCUGCCUCUGUUGACCGUCGUGUAUACCUCGAUCGGUUUUGUCGAAUGUAUCCCGGAAUUGGAAUUAGUACAGAUCGUAUUCGCUCAUAAAACGUACGCUCCAAUUUCGGAAUUGAUAAACGGCAACGAGACGAGUUUACCGCACAAUUUAACUUACGAACACUUUAACACAGCUUCGAUCACUAUGCCCAAAAUCGGUAUGCUUAACAUGUACAAUCUAGGAGUCCAUUUACGGACGGUAUACGACGAAUUUCUCGGUGAGAUUUACAUGCAAGAAACGACGAAAAUGCAAACGGCCGAGUACCCGUUGUCCAUGUUAGCCGGCCAAUUAGUGAAUGCAGGCCUCUGGCCUCCGGCGAAACAGCAAAGAUGGAACGCCGAUAUUAAUUGGCAACCGAUACCUAUAGGUAGUUUU